UGCAUGCAUCUCGGGUUGAGGCAUGCAGGGCAAGCAACACCAGCUCUUCUUCUGUGCAAGCUCUCUCUAGAUCGACAGCACUUUCCAGCAGCAACAACAGAAAGGACAACCUUCCUUUCUUUGCUGUUUAGUCAGCUUCUUGUACCUUCGAAUCGUUUUGUUCUUCUGCGAUAUGGCGCGUCCCGAGUUCUUGAUUUUCUGGGCUUUAGCUCUCAUGGCUUCGUUCUCCAUGGCUUCGGCUGCGAUCGUGGAGCACACGUUUCAUGUGCAAAAUCUAACGGUGAACCGGUUGUGCCAACGGCGAGUGAUCACGGCGGUCAACGGAACCCUUCCGGGUCCGGCCAUACACGUCCGGGAGGGCGACACGCUUGUGGUCCACGUCUUCAACAAGUCACCUUACAACCUCACUAUUCACUGGCAUGGAGUGUUUCAGCUCCUGAGCGGUUGGGCGGACGGUCCCGAAUAUAUCACGCAGUGCCCGAUCCGACCCGGAAGCAGUUAUACCUACAAAUUCACCAUCACCGGACAAGAGGGAACUCUUUGGUGGCACGCUCAUGUCCAGUGGCUCCGUGCGACGGUUCACGGAGCGCUCAUAAUCCACCCCCGAUUGGGUAACAAGUACCCGUUCCCAAAGCCCCACCGAGAAAUUCCCAUUUUACUUGGAGAGUGGUGGAAUGCCAACGUCAUCGACGUGGAAAACCAAGGGUUGGCAACCGGUGCCGCCCCGAACAACUCCGAUGCCUAUACCAUCAACGGGAGGCCCGGAGAUCUCUAUAAUUGCUCUCAAAAUCCCAAGUUCACGUACACGUACAAGGUGGAGCAAGGGAAGACCUAUCUGCUGCGCAUCAUCAACGCUGCCCUCAAUAACCAGCUAUUCUUCAAGGUAGCCGGCCACAAGAUGACGGUCGUCGCGGUCGACGCCACGUACACCAACCCCUACGUGACGGACGUCGUCCUCGUCGCCCCAGGCCAGACCACCGACGUCCUCCUCACCACCGACCAGGCCCCCGGGGCCUACUACAUGGCGGCCAGGCCGUACGCCAGCGCCCCCAAUGUGCCGUUCGACAACACGACCACUCGGGGCAUCUUCAUUUACGAGAAUGCCCCUUCCAGGGCCGUUUCCGCCCCGAGGAUGCCGACCCUCCCGGCCUUCAACGACACCCCCACAGCCCACAAGUUCAACAGCAACCUGACCGGGCUGAUCAGCGGGCCACACUGGACCCCGGUGCCGCUACAGGUCGACGAGCACAUGCUCGUGACCGUGGGGCUGGGCCUGGCGCCGUGCGGGGCGCCCGGGAACAACUCCUGCGGCGGGCCCCAAGGGCAGAGGCUCUCGGCCAGCAUGAACAACGCCUCUUUCCAGUUCCCCACGACGCUCUCCAUCCUGCAAGCGUUCUUCUUCAACGUCCGAGGAAUCUACACCACCGAUUUCCCCAACAAGCCGCCGGUGGCGUUCGAUUACACGAACCAAAACAACAGCAUGAACCUAGCCCUCAUAUUCGCGCCCAAGAAGACGAGCGUCAAGAAAUUGAAGUACAACGCCACGGUCGAGAUGAUACUGCAAGACACGUCGUUGGUAGCCGUCGAGAACCACCCCAUGCACCUCCACGGGUACAAUUUCCACGUGUUGGCUCAGGGUUUCGGCAAUUUCAACCCAAAGACCGACCGGAAGAAGUUCAACCUCGUGAACCCGCAGAUGCGGAACACGAUCGGCGUCCCCGUCGGAGGGUGGGCCGCCAUCCGGUUCCAAGCUAAUAAUCCAGGCGCCUGGAUCAUGCAUUGCCAUCUGGACGUCCACUUGCCGUUGGGCCUGGCCACGGCAUUCCUCGUCGAGGAUGGGCCAACUCCGUCGUCCACGCUGCCCCCGCCACCUAGCGACCUGCCAACAUGCUGACACUUCUCGAAUUAUAUUCUUGUUUGAUUUGACUUUAUAUGUAUUUUUGCCGCAAGAAUUAUUGCUUUUCACUAUUCUGUUUGUUUGGGUCUCUAAUUCUUUUGCCAUUCCUUCCAAGGCAAGAAAGAGUUUGUAAUAAGGACAGAGUUCCUAGUUGCUAUACCUUUCAUUCCCUUCAAAAAUGUCGUUCUUGUAUCAAGUGAUCGAGGAUCACAUUCUUUGGCUUGUAAUCCAAUGAAAUGGUAGAUUUGCUUUGUUUGAUUUAA